GAGAAAGAGAGUUCCUGCGCAGCGCACAUUAUACUGCAACUUUCCUAUUUUACCCUACUUUCUUUGUGUGUGUGUGUGUGUGUGCGUACAUUUCAAAAGAAAAAAACCAUGACAGAUUCAGAAGAAUUUAAUAAUGUUACCUGGGACAUGCAAGAUAAUAACAAAAACAAUGCCAAGAGCUUACACCAGUCUACCGCAACACUUGAUCAUGACCCAGCAAUCCUCGACCCACUUUCAGAUAUGGACAAGACUUUAAGCCAAGCAUUAUCAAACGAACCGGAAGAAUUGAAAAAGAGUACCUUGUUUGUGCGUGAAGAGGAAGAAGAAGAAAAAGAAGAGGAAGAGGAAGCAGCACACGUUAAUGUCGACAUUUCGGACGAUCCGCUCGAUCUUGGUCUUAGCGACGUUAAUAAGCCGACAACAAAUAACUACACUACAAACAACUCGACGUAUUACUUCAACCCAGAUCGAGCGACUGCUGCUUCGUCGUCGUCGUCGUCGUCAGCUACGCCUACUACUGCCACUAUAACAGCAACAGAAGGAGAAACCUCUGCGACCAACAACGAUUUGAAUUGGAAAAGUAUUCUUGUAGUCGAUCCCCGUAAAGAGAAUGAAGGAGCUUAUAUCACAUAUUGCAUUGCUUCUGCGAAAUCAUCGUUUCGCAGAAGAUUCCAGGACUUCGUUUGGCUCUACAAUGUCUUAUAUACCCAUUAUCCAGCUUGUUUUGUUCCUCCUCUUCCUGAUAAGCAUCGAAUGGAGUAUGUGAAAGGAGAUCGGUUCGGUUCAGAUUUUGUUGAGCGACGACGGAUAAGCCUUCAAAGAUUCUUACAACGUAUCGCUCGGCAUCCCAUUCUACGACGAUCCGAAUUCUUUGUCAAGUUUUUGGAAUCUUCAGAUUUUAAUGAUGCCUCAGCUCGUGCACUACGCGAAGGACAAGAAACCGUGAUUGAUACCAUCGGAGAUUCCUUACUAAAUGCAUUCGUCAAAAUCCGUAAACGAGACGAACAUUUUGUCCAAAUGAGAGAACGUACCGACCGUCUUGAAGAGAAUUUGAACCUGCUUGAAAAGACACUUGCGCGGACGAACAAACGGACUGAUGAGCUGAGUCACGAUUACGAUGAGUUUGCUCAAAGUGUUCGUGGGUUAGUGAAGCAUGAAGCAGAUAUAGAGUUACCACUUUCCAAAUUUGCUGCUUUGUUGGAUGAAUACUCGAAUGAAAUGAAAAAGAUGAACACGCAUGAUGGCUUAUGGCUUGGUGAAAUCCAUGACUACAUGUCAUAUUAUAGCGUGAUGAAGGGCGUAUUGAAAUUACGCGAUCAAAAGCAACUUGACUUUGAAGAACUAUCGGAUUAUCUUCAACAGACCAUUGCUGAACGCGAACGGACACUCCAUCCACGAUCAGGUGACGGCGCAUAUAAUAUUGCAGGAUACUUUACUGGUAAAAUCAACGAAGUCCGCGGGGCGGAUGCUGACAAGAUAAAACGCGAGAAAGUCCUUCGGCUAGACGAUCGUAUUCGUGAGCUUCAAGACGCCAUUGAACAGACACAUGAGGUCUCUACUGCAUUUUCUGAACAAGUCAGACGCGAAGAUGAAUUUCUUGCUCGAAGCAAGGCGGAAGAAAUGCGCGUUGCACUUGGGAAUUAUACAGAAUCCAAGGUUGAAUUUUUCCAACGGGGCGCCGACAUCUGGCGUGAUAUUGCAACUACCUUGGAACAAAUGGAAUAAAGAACAUUUAUCUACAUCUAUACGCGUUUGUCCCAUCCUAUAAAUUGUAAUGUAUAUAUAG